AUGCCUCAGAACGAGUAUAUUGAGGCUCACAUUAAGAAGCAUGGUCGAAGACUCGAUCAUGACGAGCGAAAGCGAAAGCGAGAAGCCCGAGAGGGCCACCGAAUCUCCAAGGAUGCCCAGAACCUGACUGGUUUCCGAGCUAAGAUGUUCGCCAAGAAGCGAUACGCCGAGAAGGUGGCAAUGAAGAAGAAGAUCCGAGAGCAUGAGCAGUCCAAGGUCAACGGCACACCCAAGGAACACAACCCCGAGGAUGGUGAUGCUCUGCCCACGUAUCUGCUGGACCGACAGCAGCCUAACUCUGCCAAGGCUCUGUCAUCUUCCAUCAAGCAGAAGCGUCUGGAGAAGGCCGACAAGUUCAGCGUGCCUCUGCCCAAGGUGCGAGGUAUUUCUGAGGAGGAGAUGUUCAAGGUUCUCAAGUCUGGAAAGCGACGAAACAAGAGUUGGAAGCGAAUGAUCACUAAGCAUACCUUUGUUGGUGAGGGAUUCACACGACGACCCGUCAAGCUGGAGCGAAUCAUCCGACCCUCUGCUCUGCGUCAGAAGAAGGCCAACGUGACCCACCCCGAGCUCGGCGUCACUGUCCACCUGCCCAUUCUGGGCGUCAAGAAGAACCCCCAGUCUCCCAUGUACACUCAACUGGGUGUGCUGACCCGAGGAACCAUCAUCGAGGUCAACGUGUCCGAGCUUGGUCUCGUGACUGCUGGAGGUAAGGUGGUGUGGGGUAAGUACGCCCAGAUCACCAACGAGCCCGAUCGAGAUGGCUGUGUCAAUGCAGUUCUGCUGGUUUAA